GUGCAAAUGCACAGCUGCUGGCUGUGGUGAUGUUGUUGUUGAUGUUUGUUUAUAUUUACAAUUUACAUUUUUAUCUUUAAAAAAAUAGAAUUCAAAUAAAGUAAUAACAUUAAUAACAUUGUAAGUGAUUAGAUAGCAUGGGAAAAGUGGAACAAUUAUUCAUUGUCUAUAAAAUAUAACAUGCAGCUUUUAUAGUCCAACCAACUUGAGUGAUGGAUAUCAAAGUAGAAAUUGAAGAUGUUUGCUUACUGAAAUCCACUAAUGGAGAUUUUCUAAGUGAACCACAACAAUUAUCUAAUAUCAAUGUAAAACUUGAAGACGAUUCAGAAAAUUUACACGAGGUUUCAACACAAAAUUUUUCAUCAGUUUAUAUCAAACCAGAAUUUGACAUUGGAGAAAUUUCCUCGCUGGACUCCGCUAAUGAAUUUUUCAUAAAAGAAGAACAAUACUCCAAUAUUAAUAUUAAAUUUGAAGAAGAAUCAAAGAGUUUUAGUAAGCAAGAAUUCAAAUGUGAUACUUGCGACAUGAAAUUUAAAUAUAAAUCUAAAUUAAAUCACCAUCUAAUAUCACAUACAAAUGAACGCUUAUUCACUUGUGAUAUUUGUCAUAUGAAAUUUAAAUGGAAAGAAAAUUUAAAUAUGCAUUUAGUGAUACAUUCAAAUAAAUACGAUUUUAAAUGUGAUAUUUGUCAUGGCAAAUUCCAAUUCAAAAGUGAUUUGAAGAAGCAUUUAGUGACACAUUCACAAAACUAUGGUUUUGAGUGUACUAUUUGUCACAGAAAAUUCAAACGAAAGUAUAAUUUGAAAACGCAUUUACGUACACAUUCCACUAACUUUGAUUUUGAAUGUGAUAUCUGUAACAAGAAAUUUAGACAGAAUAAGAAUUUAAGAAGCCAUUUAGUAACACAUUUAGAUAAAGGGAAUUUUGAAUGUGAUAUUUGUCACAAAAAAUAUAGUCGAAAAGAUAGUUUGAAGCAACAUUUAAAAAAACACAUUCGAACCAAUUAGCUUAUACGAACAAAAAGAGUCAAAAGGAAUUAUUUAUUGUAAACCACACAUUGAGGAAACAUACAACAACAUACCAGCGAAAUUUUAGUUUUUUACGUGUUUUUCUUUCAAGAAAUUUAAAUAUUUGAAAUAAUGUUGUACCAAUUUCAAUAUUUUUUCUCUCGUUCUUGUAUGGAAAUUUGGAUAGAAAGAUGUGUUAUCAUGGUGUCUUUGUAUAAUUGAAAUGGGAAGGAAAUUUGAAGAAGCAUUUAUACAAAUAUUUAUACAUAUUAUAGUAUGUGUUUUCUUCAGUUUGUUAUAGCUAAUUUCAUCUGGAUUGUAUUAGCAGAGUCAAAGUUUUUGAAAAAUAUAAGAAAGUUU